AUGGCCAGCGUCGGGAAGAAGCAGGGCGGCGUGCCGGCGCUGGGGUGGUGGCUGAUGGCGGUCGGCACCGUCCGCCUCGCCUUCACCUGGUCCUGCCUCUUCGGCUCCGGCGCGCUCUGCUCGGCAGCCUACCCCCAGGCCCAGGUGAGCAACGUCCAUGGUCGAACGGUGGGUGUGUGGACGCUGCUGUCGUGCACGUUGUGCUUCCUGUGCGCCUUCAACCUCGGCAGCCGGCCCAUCUACGCGGCCACCUUCCUGUCCCUGGUCUACGCCUACGGCCAUUUCCUCGUCGAGUACCUGCUCUACCGCACCGUCCGUCCGGCGAACCUCGUCGGCCUCGGCGUCUUCGCAGUGCCGGCGAUCGUGUGGAUGCUUGCUGAGUGGAACACCCAUGGGCUUCGGCUCCGUACUGCUGCCACUGCCAAGCAGCCCUGAAUCCCUGAUGAAGGGCCGCCUGUUAGCGUGUCAAUGAAUUAGCUAGUAGGCGUGAGCCCUUCAAGAAAAAUCUGUGAUGGCGCCUUCGACCUAGUAUAUAUUAUGGACCGAGAUAAUAUA